AUGGGUGCAGCUGGCGUGACAGCCGAACUUUCACCUUCACUGGGUUCUGUUGCAGAUGGAAAUGAGGCCAAUUUGGCUGGACAGCCGAGCCCAGGCUCUCACUUGAUUGCUGUCAAUGGGCUUCCUGGGGGCAGUGGUGGUGGUAGCGGUGAUUCUGAUGAAGAGGUGGUGGUAGGUGGCGGCAGUGUUGCUGUUGCCACCAACGGCAAGACCGGUGAUGAUAGCAGGCAGGCACGGCCGCCUCUGCUGUCGAAUCACCAGGCCCGUCCAGUGGCUGUGGCCGACAGGGGUCUUACUGCUACUGCCUCUGCUGCUGGUGUUUAUAAGGAUGAGGAGGAGGAGGAGACAAUUCUGCUGCAUUCGUCGUCAUCGACACGGCCUCUAGACUCGUCACUCAUUCCCCCGUCUCUGCAAAACUCCACCCUCUCUGAUGCCCUGAUGGGCGCUUCCUUCACUGACCCGACGACCCGCGACGCGCCCAUAGCCAAUGACGCGCAGCCGAUCUCGUCCGCCGAUGACUACACCGCCGUCAAUCGCGAGGCUCUGCAGCAAUGGCAUGCCCGGAUCAAGCAACCUGAUAACGCCAUCGAACAGGUGCAGCUCCACGAGCUCAUUGACCGGGCGCCCACGAUUUACCGUAUUCUGGAGCAAAAACAGCUCCGGCAACUGAAUGCUGCAUGGAAGGACCUCAAGCUGCGGUGCUCGCUGCUGAUCUUUGAGAAGGCUGUGGUGCAGGAGUUGGCGUGUGUGCAGUCGCUGGUCGUGUCUGUGCUCCAGGAGGCCAUUGAGAACACCGGAGCCAUCUGGGAGUCCUUUGCCGCAUGUGCUCGAGGCCUAGUGCUUGCAGGGCAGGGUGCCGAGGCACUAAAGUGCAUCGCGCGCCUGUCGAUGGACUGCGUUGCAGUGCAGCAGGACCUGGCCAGCACGCUGCUGAGCGUGUACCGUGUCCUGCCCGAUAUGUAUAAGGCCGUUAUCAAAGAUUCAGUCGAAUACAUGGCUUCACUGGGCCCUGCCAACGCGCGCACCGUGGCACACGAGCUGCGGCGGCAUCGCGUGCUGGCGGGAGUCAUGUUCCGCACGCUGGCAAGCCAGCUCGACAUAGCUAGCGCCACCGACGUGCGGCGGUACCUCGACGGGCUGCUGAGCACGGGCGUGACUCUGUGGAUCGGCAAAGCAAAGUGCUCAAAGGUCGGCUCGAGCAUCCGCGACGCAGUGUACCGCCAGUUCAACGCGCUGACGACCGAGGAGCAGCAGCUCAAUUUGUCGUCGUACACCCGGAUUGUGUCGGGGCUGAUUGGGUAUUUGCGGCUGGAGGCGCUGAGCGCAGACUUUGGCUUUUUCCAGCGCGUGGCGCAGCUGACCAAUUCGGAUCACGAGGUCAGCCUCUGUGCAGCCUUGCUUCUGACUCUUGUCGGGUUUGGCGCACAGAUGACUGCCCGCGACACCCUCGACGCAAUAACCGCCACUGCGCAUACGCCCGUUGGCCGGCAGGUCGACUGCCUGCUAGCGCAUCUAAGCACCGAUCAUGCAGAGGACGUCGAGCGGUUUGCCAUAGACACGCUGGGAAUGGAUUUCGUGUUUCCGCGCGACCGCCUGUUUUAUCUGAAGGAGAUCAUGCAGCAGUCCGACUCGAGUCACUUUGCUGACGCCAGCAUCGCGCGCCGACUCGUCCGCGUUCCACAGCCAGCUCGGCCUCUGGUUGCAGGCGCCACCGACAGCGCCUCUUGCUCAAGGCUGCAUCGCAAUGCCGUGCUGUAUUGCCUGCAGAGCAAUGUGUUCCAGGACCAGGGCAUCGAUGUGCGCGAAUGGGUCACGCACAUGGUUCGGACAACGGACAUGACCAACGCCGGUCUCUUGGGGCCGCUGGUCAAGAGCUACGUCAAUGGCAUAUUUGGCUCUGCUGCCAUCACGCCUAUUCCCGAGGCCAUGCUGCAGCGGGGGUUUGCAGCCGAGUCUGUCGCUGGUGGCCAGGCUGCUUCGGUGCCGCCGGCCAUGGCUCUGUAUCUGCUCUACAUUCUGUAUUAUAACGAGCACUUACUCGAUCAGCCCAAGCAGUCAACCAACGCGUUUGCAUCAGUGCCCAAGCGGCCGGACAUCGACUGCUGGCGGCCUUUCGGCAAACGGCCCCAUGGCUCGCACAGCCACAACUCGCCUGCGCCAGGCAGUCGCCCGGACACCGGACGGACGACGCCGCUGGGGAACAUGACCGGUGUGGCUCGCCGCGGUGAAUAUUCGGAUCAGCUCUUGGACUCGCUACCAGUAGCGUGGAUCCUCCAGACCGCCAGUAACUCCGCCGAGUACCAGCUGAUUUGGCCCGACAUUGUGUCGAUGGCUACGGCGCAGUUCCCAGACCAGGUCGAACCAGUAUCGGUGCUGCAGCGCGAGCUGGCGGUUAACGCCUUCCGCCACUCUGACAGCACGUCGUGCGCCUUGAGGCAACUGAGCCAGAGCGACUUUGUCCGCCUCACCAGCAGUGCACGCGCGAUGAUCGAGCAGGUGCUGGUACCGCCGCCGGAUACCACGCAGACGCAGCAUCUGAUUCAGUUUGCUGACCAGUACACCGCGCUCCCCGAGGCCGUUCGCAUGGAGACAGCCGAGCAGCUGGCAGCGACAGUUUGUGGUCUGGCGGCACAGCAUGCGCAGAACAAGGAGCUCACCACGGUAGUCAGACGCAUCUGGUACAUGGCGCACACGCUGAACCCGCACGCGGUAUCAACAGCAACCGUGAACGCAUGGCGCAGCAGGUCUGAGAUGACCAAGCCCAAGUUUAUCACGCAGGACUUGUGGCUCGACCCGCUGGUCCUGUUCCGCCUGAACCCGAGCAUCAUCCAGUCUGCCAACCUGGCUGACGUGUUUUUGACCAUCCUGUCCGAGUUCCUGCUGCUGUCCAGGGCCAGUCUGCGGCGGCUGUAUCGGCUGCGGCAGAAGGAUGCGGGCACGCUGAAGCAGUCGCAUAUGACUGCGAUGCUACAGCUGCAGGAAUCCGGCGCUCUGCAGCUCCUGCUUGAGCUGACGCCGUUCGUCAACGACGUCGAUGUGAAGCGAGUGGUGUUUGGGUUUGUGCACGCCCGGUUCCUCGAGCAGCGCGCGAUCCAGAAGCUGCUGCACUUCCAGGCAUACGACAUUGCGACAAUCUCCGACAUGGUUGAAUAUGUACCGUCGAUGCACGCGUGUUCCGAGUUCAUCCCCGAACUCCUGAUGCACCCGUCGCUGCGGCUGCAGCACUUUGCGAUCAAGCUGGCCGCUGCCAUCACUACCAAGUAUCCGAUCGUGGCCAACGAGGGCAUGGCCAAGGAGGUUAUCCUGCCACAUGUGCAGACGACAUUGGCCCAAAUUAUUGGCACAGCGGUGCCCGAGCAGCUGGUGCUGGCCAAUGCGAUGCUCAACGCCGUCAUGGCAAUCUCCCAGGCAUAUCCGAACAUUGCUGAGGAGUGCAAGAAGCUGCUGACAUCGCUACGCGAACAGGCGGAGGAGCGAGCACGCACCAUGUUUCCCGCCAGCCAGAUGUCGCCGCCGCCGCAACAGUACAGCGACAAGCAGAUGGCCAUUGCGCGCUGGAUCAAGACUAUCGACAGUGCGACCUUGCAGCUGUGCAUUGAGGAAGCGGACGCCAACGAAAUGAUCACCAAGCUCCUUGUGAAGGCUCGGGCUGAGAAGAAAGCGCUGCAGACUGGUCGCAAUGGCUCGCCGGAGCCGCGCAGCAACCAGGGCGGCGGCCCAAGCCAGCAGGGCGGGCCGCAGCAGAUGUACCACGAUGACGACCACCGCCACGGCCACCACCACCCGUCCAGCGGGCCGCAGAAGCGCCUGCACGGACAAAUGGGCGGACGCGAAAACCGUGGCAACGGCCCUCCUCCACGUGGACCGCCACCAGGACCGCCGCCAGACGGGUUCCCGAACGGCGCCAGCAUGAUGGGCGGUAUGCCACCUGGCAUGCCUCUGCCGCACAUGGUCGAGCAUGGGCCACCGCCAGGACACCGCGAUGGGAGGGAUGCCAACAAGGGACAGUUCCACCAGCGCAACAGUAACAAGAAAGCAUCGAGGAACCGGCAUCUCAUUCGCGCCAGCGGCAGUAGCAGCCCGGGCAGGGAUUCGGGUAAGCAGCAGGGGGGCAUGAAGCGUGGCCGCGGUGGCAACGACAGAUCGCGGAGCCGGGAUCGCUGA